UAAAAGGUUUCACCGAUACUGUCAACCCGCUCAUAACCGUGUGCACCGGGUAUUCGAACGGACGGAACGGAACUCGCAAGAAUCCGGAAUUCUAAGGCAGGCUGCCAAGUCCGGACUGGUUAGAGUGUGUGCGUGUGCGUGUGCGUGUUUAAAGUUCGUGAACUCAGUGAUGAAGUGAAAGUGCGUGCGUGCGUGCGUAGAAGAUCAAGCGUGGCUUAAACUCAAGGAUAGAACUGCUGGACAAGCCGUUUGGCAACGGGUACAAAGUUACAAAGAAGCGUUUUAAGCAAACACGCCACAGCCAACAUGUCCUACAUCGGAAACGCAUCGGACGUUGAGCAGGAGAAGAAUCUGACCGAGUACAGGCGGCAGCGGAGUUCCAGCAAUUUGCUACCGGCCGGAUCCAAGGCCGUUAGUAGCUCGAAGCUGUCGGACGUGCUGUGGAAUGACAAACGUGCCAACCAGGGUAACCAGACGGACGACGAUGACAGCGAGGUCUCGGACAGUGAGAACUUCCUGGCCAAGGGGGCCUUCCUCCUUACACCAUCGCACGAGCUUUCGAUGGAUAGAGCUGCGCUGAUUUGCGAAAAAAUGAAUUUCAAAGGUUGUUUUAGCCUUACAAAGACGGCCACUGGAAUAUUAUUUAAAUUUUCUAACCCAGAAGAUUAUCAGGCUGUGUUCAAAAAGGGAUUUCACAAAGUGACGGGGGCACGUUUCUACAAGAAGGUGGCCAUCCCAUGCAGGCCCCAGAAAACUUUUAUGCUGUACGUAUUCGACGUUCCGGAUGAUGUUCCCGUGGAAGACAUACGCCACUCGCUGUAUCGCUUCAACUCGGUCGUCGAGGUCGUUCGGCUGGUAGUGCACUACCAGAAGCAAUCGAAUGCCCAGAACGAUCAGGAACAGAUGCAAGCAGUCCCAGCCACACCGAAGCCUCCGAUGCCGAAGCUAUCCACGGCCAAACCGAUCGACGAGCAGGACGUGGCCCUGCAGCGGGAAUCGCCCCCGCCGCCGAUCCGCAUCACGCUGGCCUCCAUCGACGAGUACCACCAUCUGCUGCAGAACGGGCUCGACUUUUACGGCGCGACCUUCUUCCCGACGGAACCGACUCUGCCGGCCCAGGCCUCCAAGAUAGCCACUAAGAAAGGAAGUCGCAUGAUAGACGGCUCGAUCCCAGGGCGUGUUCGCGAACUGCUUCCGGUGUUUGACGCGGCCGGUUUCAGCAAGAUUCCGCCGCCGGCUUCCAAGACGAUCAAACCGCGCCCCUAAAAAAUCAUACCAUAAAUCGCUCUCUGCUCGCGUUCCCAAAACUCCCCUCUCAACAUACCUACAUCAUCAUUUUACUUCAAUUUACGAACGCUGUUGUACUAGCUAGGAACUAGACUAAACGUUAAUGUCUUUUUUUUUCUUUUAUUAUAAUUUGUUUGUGUUUCUUUAGAAGCAGCGAUUUUUUCAUUGUUACUACACAAGCAAGCAAGUUACGCUCGAUUAGCCUGACGAACGCGACGAUCACGCGAAAUGAACGCGUGGUGACGACCAAGAAUCAUUAUUCGACACACCACUUAUAUUGCAUUUACAUUUAGGGUUUGGCUUUCUUACAAUGGGAUAUCCAGUUGAGACAACAUAAUGUCCGCAUAUUUAAUUAAACUUUAUUUCUCUCUCUAUUUAACUUAUAGAAAGUAACUAAGAUGUACUACGUUAAGCAAUCAACAGUUCCUCUUCUUUAAUGUGUGAAAGAUUUUACUGAUAUCUGAUAUAUUUAAUUGCUUUUUGAUAUAAACAUUUUUAUUACAACCAGGAAGACAGUCCUAAAGUUAGAAUGACCUGAGCAUGAAUGAAAGUCACACAAACAAGUUACAACAUAUAUACAAGUUAAGAUGUGUUUAUGAGUUCGACUAGGUAGUAGUAGCAAACAAUGACUAUUCUGAUAAAGAUCUUUAAAAACAACAUAACAUGCUGAUGCUGACGGCGAUUCCAAUUCUUGAUGAUGAUCAUAUAAUUAUUCUGUAUUAAAAGCUUUCAAAUGACAUCUAGAAAG